AAAGACGGUCUUUUCCUUUAUUUUUUGAAAUCAGUGGGAGUGCCAGCUCCCCAGAAUUAAAAACAACAGCAACACACAAAAAUGAGGUCCUCCGGCAACUCAGGCAGGAGGUAAAGGGCUUUACCAAGGUUAUUCUCCCCAUUUCACAGAUGAUGAAAUUGAGGUUUCCUUAACAGUUUCUACUAGCCCCAGGGUCUCACUAAGAAGUGUUGGCAAUGGGGGGGGGGGGUCCUGUGACGCUGUGUGAUCUUUUCCUCCAAGGGGCCUCCUUAACAGCUGUCCUGCCGGCGUCGCCAGCUGCCCAGCCAGUUCCUGUCCCUUUCGGAGUCCGCGCUCACCCGCCUGACGCUCCUAGAGUCUGUCCUCCUGUCGGGCCCCAGGCCCUCCGCUGGAGGAAUGGAGUUCUCGGAGCUGAUACGUACGGGCCAAGCCCAAGCCGAGCUCCUGCGGGGCUCGGAGACGCCCCCGCUGCGCGGCACGCUCUGCGUCACCGGCCACCACCUGCUGCUGUCGCCAGGGGCCCAGGCGACUCCAGAUCUGUGGCUGCUGCUGUUGCGUAGUGUCGACUCCAUCGAGAAGCGGGUCGAGGGUGACUCCGGCACCAUCACGCUGCGCUGUAAGGACCUGCGAGUGUUGCAGCUAGAAAUAGAGGGCGUGGAGGCGACGCUGGACAUCGCCCGCUCCAUCGAGGCGCUGUCCUCCCUGGAAUCAGUCAUCACCUCCUUUCCAUUCUUCUACCGUCCCAAGAGCUUGAGAUUGGGCGAUGCCUGGCACUUCCACCCGCCCGAAAGCUACUACAAGAGAGUAGCUCGCGAGACCAACGCUUGGCGGCUGAGCGAGGCGAACGAGGACUUCAGUUUGUGCCCCAGUUACCCCCGCGCUGUGAUCGUGCCUCGAGCGGUGAACAACGAUGCCCUGGCGCGCAGCGCCCGCUUCCGCCAGGGAGGCCGCUUCCCGGUUCUCAGCUACUACCACGCUCCCAGCGGAACUGCGGUGCUACGUUCCAGCCAGCCCCUGACUGGGCCUCAGAAGCGGCGUUGUGCUGAGGAUGAGGAGCUGCUGCGAGCUGUGCUGGCGGGGGCUCGCCCUGGGGCCCAGGGUUUCAUCGUGGACACUCGCUCGACCCAGGCUGCCAAACAGGCGCGCAUGACUGGUGGCGGCACGGAGUCCAAGGCUGCCUACCCGGGCUGGAAACGGCUGCACCGGCCCCUGGAGAGGGGGCGGCCCCUACAGGAGAGCUUCGUGCGCUUGGUGGAGGCCUGUGGGGACCUGGAGCAGAGCAUGGAUCGCUGGCUUAGUCGACUAGAGGGUUGCCGGUGGCUGUCACAUGUGAAGGAGACACUGAGCACCGCCUGCCUAGCAGCCCACAGCAUGGAACGGGAAGGGGCCUGCAUCCUGGUGCACGGGGCUGAAGGCACAGACAGCACCCUGCUCGUGACUUCACUCGCCCAAAUCAUCCUAGACCCCUUGAGCCGGACCAUGGCUGGAUUCCAGGAACUGAUAGAGCGGGAGUGGAUCCAGGCCGGCCACCCCUUCCAGCUGCGCUGUGCCCACUCGGCCUUCUCCCACGCCCGCCCCAAGCACGAGGCACCCACUUUUCUCCUCUUCCUGGAUUGCGUGUGGCAGCUGGGCCGCCAGUUCCCGCUGUCGCUGGAGUUUGGGGAGGGGAUGCUGUUGGCGCUGUUUGAUCACUCCUAUGCCUCGCCUUUCGGCACCUUCCUCUGCAACAGCGAAAAGGAGAGAUGCCUGUGUGAAGUGAGAACUCGAACGCACUCCUUGUGGUCUGGGCUCAAUCAGCCAAAAGAGCAACGGAAACUCCGGAACCCGCUAUACGUCCCCAACCCCUCCGCCAUCUGGCCAUCUGUGGAGCCCCAGAGCCUGCGACUGUGGCAAGGCCUGUUUCUUCGCUGGACCCGUCCGCCUGAGCCUUCAGAGGUAGCAUGGGAGAAGGUGUGGCAAAUAGUGACAGAUCAGGAGAAGGCAGAAGGCUCUCAGCCAACAGUUUCAGCCUCUGAGCCCCAACCCUAAGCGCUCAUUCCUUGGAUAAUGGUUGAGAUGUUCCUGAACCUUCUCCAGGCCCCUCAGCACCUUUGGACCUUGGAAGAGGGUCCCUGCAACCCAGCCUGGCCCAUAAUACUGAAGUGCCAGGUUUGAACUGUCCCAAGUGUAGGGAGGAGAUCAAAAUAAUAAAGGCAUCCGUGACUGGUAUCA